UAGACGAUCACACGCACACGCACAGAUUUGAGCUCAGUCUCUGCGAGCGCUGCAUAACCGAGCAUCGUCGAGGCAUCUCUCUGCUAAAGGCUUUAAAACAUCCUCCAGAAACCGACACCAUGGGCGUAGAAGGCUGCACGAAAUGCAUCAAAUACAUGCUUUUCUUCUUCAAUUUCAUUUUCUGGCUGGCCGGUUGUGUAAUUUUGGGAGUUUCACUAUGGCUUCGCCAUGACACCAAGACAAGCAGUCUUCUGGAACUAAAGUUUGAGGACACGGAAGCACCCAGCACUUUUUACAUCAGUGUCUACAUCUUGAUUGCUGUUGGUGCUGUAAUGAUGUUUGUUGGAUUCCUUGGUUGCUAUGGGGCCAUACAAGAAUCCCAGUGUCUUCUGGGAACCUUCUUUGCCUGUCUGGUCAUUCUGUUUGCCUGUGAGGUCGCUGCUGGUAUCUGGGGAUUUAUGAACAAAGACAAAAUCUCCAAAGAUCUGAUCACUUUUUAUGACUCAGUGCAUGACAGAGGUGUUUCAUAUACAAAUCCUGAUCAAAAGCAGGGAGCCACUGCUGUGUUGAAGGUCUUUCAUGAGACUCUUAGCUGCUGUGGAAAAGGGGGCAUCGACUCUGUAUUAAAUAAACUAGCCACAGAUGUCUGUCCUGAAAGAGUUAAAAUAACAGAGGGCUGUCACAGCAAGAUCAAAGAACUUUUCUCUGAGAAGAUCUAUCUGAUUGGCAUUGCUGCCCUGGUUGUUGCUGUUAUCAUGAUCUUUGAGAUGAUCUUCAGCAUGGUGCUCUGCUGCGGCAUCAGGAACAGCCCCGUAUACUGAAAUUGAAGGGGCAAGAUAUGAAGUUCAGCAAAAAAAAAAAAAGUUUUAUAUCUACCAUCUCUUAUUUUGUUUUAUAUGUACCAUCAUAUUCUAAUCUAGUCACUAUGUCCAGUUCCUCAACCCUCAUAGAACAAUUUUGUAGUGCAUUUUUAUUCCAAUAGCGCAGUGGAUUCACCCACAGCUAGUCAGUUAUUGUUUAAGCUGUGACUAGUUGCAAUCUCUAGCGUUAGCAGUACACUUUACACACAUUCACGUUAUCACAUGAAGGAUGGGUACAUUUAUUUGCUUGUAGUUUUCUUGUGUUACUGUUUUCAUUCUUUUCGUAUGUACAUGUAUAAACUGUAUAUAUUUGCAGCCCUGUAUGGCUCUUCAGCAUGAAUCUUGUAUCGAACACUCCUGUGCAUUUUCCUCUCAGAGACUGGUGUUUUUACAAACACGUUUCUUCCUGAGAAACCACUAAAUAAACAGUGUUAGCUAGGUGAGGAGAAAGUCAGAAUACAAAGCUUAUUAGAAGUGAGAAUGCAAAGAUUAAAUAAAAGUAGAUGAGCAAGUUUGCUUAUUAUAAAGUGUGCCAUUCAGUAAAGCCCAGUCAUUAGUCUUGAUACCAAAAAGAAAGCUGAUCAAUGGUUGUUAUAGUUCUCAUAACAUGAGAUGACAUGAAUGCUGCAGUGUUUCACACAAAAGUCUCUUUAUGCUCUCUGAAACUACUAUAGUGUAUCGUAAUAUCUUGCAUGCCUGUCACAAAAGGAGUUGGACAUGUAGAUUCACUGCCCCAUCGCUGAAGUUCUUCUGUCCUGACACUUUUUACUGUCUAGUAUAGACAGGACUAGAUUUCUACAUGCCUUUUAGCCUUAUGAAUGGAACACCCUAUCCCUUAAUCAAUUACAUCAUCCUAAUCAUCCCUAAUGGAAUGUGUUAUGACUCUACUGAUACCAAUGUAAGGAGGGUUAAUAGAUUGAUAAACAUUUGCUGUUUUACUGCCAGCACUAUAAUAGUUGCUGUAGUACCCCGUCCCUACCACCAGAUGGCAUUCUAAUACCAUUAAGAGCCGGUGACCCCUCAUGUGUAUAUGUCCAUCAUGCACUUCUUUCUCUAGACCACACUUAUAUAAAGCUCCCUUCAUACGAACACUGAUUUAUUCAUAUCAGAUUUGUGAUUUACUACAUGCAUUUUGCAACUCUGUUAACACUUAUUGCCUAUGCGGAUAUGCUUCAAAGUGUCUUGUAACAUGUACAGCUAUACAGUAUACUAAUGACCAUGUAAAGACAACGUAUGCCUUUAAUUGUGAUAUCUUUUCUGGUACUUUGUCAAAAGAAGAGAACCUCCACAGAGAUUUCAGUUGAAGCAUGUAAAGCUUUGAGGGUUCUAACAGGUUAAGCAUGAUACUGAAACUAUAAGCAUUAUGAAGUCGAAAAGAGCUGUUUAUGAAGUGAACUGUUAAACCACUCGAGUAGUGUUAGAUAACUGUUGAAUUUAAUCGUGCUGAAAUAAUCUCACACUUACUUGAGACAGAAAUUCACAGCUGUUAUUUGAAUCUCUGCCCUGACUCAACAGUUCAAGAUUUUGCUCUGGUUUGUUGCCCAAAUAUUUAGGAAAUAAAUGUAUUUUACAAA